UGUCAGCAUAUCGAAAAAGUGAAAAUGAUUUCGCCUUGAAAAUGGCGUAUUAUAGAGAGUUGUACAAACACGAGGCUAUUCUGGCGAUAUGUCGCUCUGAGCGGCUACUCUCAAAGCACCAGGAAAUGCUUGAAAGUAUUUUCGCCGAGAAGGAAGAACUCGGUUCUUCCUACUGGUUGGCGAGAAUCUCUUCGCCGGUGGUCGCCGCCAUCGGCUGUGCCGGUAUAAUCAUGCCCAGCUUGCUCGGAUGCAGCCGUCCAAGUUCAGCCGUCGCCGCAGUAAUUGCUGUACCAGUACUGGCCACCAUCGCAUAUAACACCCUGAUGUACAAAAAGGAGUUUCUUGCUUUGGUCGCUUUUAUGAAUGAGCUAGAUGCGUUUGAUACAGCAGCAACGAGGGUCUUCGUCUACUAUGACGAGAUUAGUUCCUACGAGCACGAGCUGCUACGUGCUACUGCCACUCGCGCGUUGACUGUUUGUGUACGUGGUAUGCGAGCCGUCGCUGGAAGUCUGUAUGAUUUGGGUAGAUCGCUCGAAUCCUUCACAGAUCUCGCUAAAGCGUACGAGCAUGUGUAUGGCCCGCUGGAAGGACGCGAAUAUUUCUACGAGUCAAAUGUCGAAAAUAGCCCCGAACAGCUGCUGCUAGAUGCAAAGAAGCGGCGAAAAGUGUUGUUGUAUCUGCAAUCGAUGUGUUUGUACAGGUGGGGGCUGGCUAUCGCCAGCGGCUCAGACCUCGGAAAGGCACGCAUUACUCUCUUCAAGGCGAUGACCGUCCUACAGCAGUCGUCGAAGAACGUGACGGCAAUGUUCCUUCCGAUGCCCCAAGAGAGUACAUUCUGUACAUCUCCAGCAUCCAAAAAAGUAGCAUCACUGAAAGCUCGAGCGUUGGCAGUUACGACGAACUUGACUGCGACCCAGCAGAUAUUAACGACUCUGGUCGAUACGUUGCAACAGGUAGCAAAUGAUUACCUGCGAGACGGUUCCGAGCAGCUGAAGUUGACAGCGGGCCUGUUGUCGGCAGUCCGGCAGAGUACUGAGCGUCAGCUUCAGGACAUUGCUGAACUGGAGAGCGACGUGGCCCGUCUCAUCUCACCGAAUGGAUUUAACCCAAAGAGCACACGAACAGAGCCACGAAUGAUCGAAGCUGAGGAAGACAUCGACGAUGAAAUAACAGUCCCCGCUGGUAUCACAGAUACUAUGUUCCCUGAAGAUGAGUUUUUCCUACAUACAGAAUCAGCAUUGGAUUCUGCUUCAACAGCUGGUGUAAAUGCGGGUCACGAGAACGAAGAACCACCGGUCGAGCAGGUGGACAAAAGCACGCAGCGCAACUAUCGAACUGUGCUGAAGCAGCUGCAUGGCAAACUGCAACCGAUCAACCAAGAGUUUAAGGUGCGCGAGCAGCGCGCACUGCAGCGUAAAGGUAUAACGGCCUCGCUAGAUAAUGUCUCGGUUGGUGAAGCGGAAGAGGAUUGCGAUGCCAUGUCGAUCUGCUCUUUUAACUCGGAUGAUGACGAUUUGCCCCGCAAGCGCACCAAUUAUCAGCAGCGCUACCAAGAUGCUAUCGAGCAGCUGGCCGCAAAACCGCAAAUCAAUCUGUUUCCCAGUGUUGCGAUAGGUUUCGCACCAGCAGUAUCGACUGUGGAAGAGAAUAUUCUAGAGUAAGACACAGUGAUUGUUAACUAUUUACCAUUGAACCAAGUUCUUUGGCCUUAGCGUGUUCUGACCGCCCUGAAUUUCGGCACGACUGAUACUUGCAUCUACGAUGCUACUGCCUUCUUAAUUAACGUAUUGUUUAAUAAGUCAUAUACGUCAUUGAACGUUCAGCACCUUCGGCUCCUCCGAUGGGAAACCUUCGCGUCCAAAGUGUUCUGGUGCGCUAGUAGAAUGGAGUGCGCAGCUUCAGAUCAGCCACGGCGGCACUAGGCCAACAAACUGCACUCUGGUCGUGGAUCCCGUUGGAAUGGUAAGCCCGGAAAGUCCAAGACGCUUGUAGAACUGCACCCAGCCGCAGCGAAUCUCCGGCCGAGGCACACGGGCGUCUUCCAAGAAUACCAUCGGAAAGCGCACCGGCAAGUAAAAAGGUUCGUGGUUCUGCAAGGAUUCUAUUGCAUUAUCGUUCGACUUCUCCUUCCACCCGGCAACAUCUUCAUCGGAAUAGUUUAAAUCCGAAAAAAGCGAAAAAGUGCUAUAACCUUAAAACACCUUGAUUCUGGUGCGAAAAUUGUCAGCAUAUCGAAAAAGUGAAAAUGAUUUCGCCUUGAAAAUGGCGUAUUAUAGAGAGUUGUACAAACACGAGGCUAUUCUGGCGAUAUGUCGCUCUGAGCGGCUACUCUCAAAGCACCAGGAAAUGCUUGAAAGUAUUUUCGCCGAGAAGGAAGAACUCGGUUCUUCCUACUGGUUGGCGAGAAUCUCUUCGCCGGUGGUCACCGCCAUCGGCUGUGCCGGUAUAAUCAUGCCCAGCUUGCUCGGAUGCAGCCGUCCAAGUUCAGCCGUCGCCGCAGUAAUUGCUGUACCAAUACUGGCCACCAUCGCAUAUAACACCCUGAUGUACAAAAAGGAGUUUCUUGCUUUGGUCGCUUUUAUGAAUGAGCUAGAUGCGUUUGAUACAGCAGCAACGAGGGUCUUCGUCUACUAUGACGAAAUUAGUUCCUACGAGCACGAGCUGCUACGUGCUGCUGCCACUCGCGCGUUGACUGUUUGUGUACGUGGUAUGCGAGCCGUCGCUGGAAGUCUGUAUGAUUUGGGUAGAUCGCUCGAAUCCUUCACAGAUCUCGCUAAAGCGUACGAGCAUGUGUAUGGCCCGCUGGAAGGACGCGAAUAUUUCUACGAGUCAAAUGUCGAAAAUAGCCCCGAACAGCUGCUGCUAGAUGCAAAGAAGCGGCGAAAAGUGGUGUUGUAUCUGCAAUCGAUGUGUUUGUACAGGUGGGGGCUGGCUAUCGCCAGCGGCUCAGACCUCGGAAAGGCACGCAUUACUCUCUUCAAGGCGAUGACCGUCCUACAGCAGUCGUCGAAGAACGUGACGGCAAUGUUCCUUCCGAUGCCCCAAGAGAGUACAUUCUGUACAUCUCCAGCAUCCAAAAAAGUAGCAUCACUGAAAGCUCGAGCGUUGGCAGUUACGACGAACUUGACUGCGACCCAGCAGAUAUUAACGAUUCUGGUCGAUACGUUGCAACACGUAGCAAAUGAUUACCUGCGAGACGGUUCCGAGCAGCUAAAGUUGACAGCGGGCCUGUUGUCGGCAGUCCGGCAGAGUACUGAGCGUCAGCUUCAGGAUAUUGCUGAUUUGGAGAGCGACGUGGCCCGUCUCAUCUCACCGAAUGGAUUUAACCCAAAGAGCACACGAACAGAGCCACGAAUGAUCGAAGCUGAGGAAGACAUCGACGAUGAAAUAACAGUCCCCGCUGGUAUCACAGAUACUAUGUUCCCUGAA